AUGAGCUUGUGGUCAUCGCAAAAACUCUGGGGACGCGACUUAUCAGUGAUGAAAUCCGUGUGGGCGGGCGAUCUCCCCGAGAUUCGACGCGCACCCGGUCUCAUCUCUUGGGCUCUACAGGAGGACCCUGUCGGAUUCGGACGUGACGAGCUCCCUCUGGAAUUUGGACGCUUGGUACGGAUUAUAUGUCUUGUAGAGCUGCCGAUUAUGGAUGUGGCCGGAUUGGGUUGGGCGUGGAGCAAGCGGUACCGCGAGGGCAUGGCAUAUGCACAAAACAUGAUCAUGGGGAAGACGAGCUGCAAAUUAUAUAGUUCCCGCUUGUAUUACACUGCUGGGUCUGCCGAAGAUUGUCUGCGCAGAAACCGAUGUUGUCCACGCUUCGUCGCAGGUGAACGGCAUGGACAGGAAUCGGAAGAGGAUCCGGAUAGAGCUGAGGAGGUCAAGGAAACCGUAUGUCGCGGGUCUGGCGUUGAACAGGAUGUGACAUGCAUUCAUGCUUGCAGUCGCAGUACUCACUUGUCUAAUGCCCUCCUCCAGAAGUCCAGCACCCUCCUCACCGACAACAAGUUUGCCAUUUGCCGGGUAAGGGUAGACUAUGUCAGCAGCCUGGACGUAAGGAGAUGGCCGCGCGACUGGAGGAGAGUGGAGGAGAGGUGGACCGGAAAUCUAUGGCAGAAUGCCGACGUCGACGCUGAAGAAAUUGGAACAAACGCUGAGCUUCUGUGCAAGCCUGAGGCAGAGCGUUACGCACCCUUUACAGCGGUAAACACAUGUACGAAGGCUCUAGCCAAGGAUCCUGGGAGCCCAGAGGUCGAGCGGGCAAGCCAGGCAGUAAUCGGAGGAGGUGGAGAGGAUGAGGGAAGCGUGGCAGGCUCUGAAUCCUUCCACAGGCGCUUGCCAGUCGUGGGAAUGAUCGGCCUCGGUUCGGCGUCCCGGCUAUUUCAUGAAGUGCGCUCCCUAUACUGUCUCUAUAUGUCGCCCUCAUCCCUGCGGUGCUCCUCUCGUCGGUGUGACCAGGGCCCAGAGUCACCAGGGUAUACUACGCGACUUCAAGUUUGUGCCCUUAUGACUGAGUCUAUGCAACUCAAGCCAUCCAGACCCCCCGUUUGGACUCCCCACGGCUGGAUCGUGACUUUGCUAUUGGACGACGACUUGAAUGGGGAGCAGUAUGUACCAUAUCGCGCGAUGGCAAGAUCGCCUACAUGUCUGCAAACACCUUAUGAGUCCAUGCGCGUCACUCUUUUGCGACACGUCCAGGAGGAGUUCUACAGUGUGGUGCUGCGCCGGAUCGACCGGUCGCCGCAACUGCUCUUCCAAAGUAGACCAAUGACGAGCUGGAGAAGUCUCAUUCUGCGCGUGUCUAUCCGGGACUUCCUUUGUGAGACAGGCGCAGGCCUGCAGGCAGCGUCCAUGUCAGCUGUCAACCCAUGCACUUGGAUCUGGUCUCGUGUCAUCUAUGGCUGCGAGAGCGAUUCGUCUACGCCCAGUCGUCUGCGGCGCCCUGCACGCGCCGCUGCAUGGCGCAGGUGGUUUUGGCGGCCAGUGCGGGAUUCUCACUCUCCGCUAUUCGUGAUUGCGGUUGCGCCGCUCUUGUCUUUCUCGGACCCCCGGAUUCCACCGUAUAGCAACUUCAACUUACUGGCGAUGCUACUGGUGAAUGGUGUCCAAGGAGGCUUGAGGAAAGUGCCCGCGUAUACCUCCGGUCCUCUUUGUCACGGUUGCGACUGCCUCGUUCAAUACAACUUCCGUCGAGAUAGUCCCUGUAAGAAGUCUUCGACUACUGUAUUCACAGUGAGCUCUACGUGGUAG